UUCUCUGUUUCUCAUCACUUCAAUCCCAAAACAAUCUUUUGUGUUCAGAAGGGAAUUUCUCUCUCUGUUUUGUUUCUCAAAACUCUCUCGAUUUAACCAAAAACAAUGGCUGGAAUUAUUGUGGUAUUUGAUUUUGAUAAGACGAUUAUCGAUUUGGAUAGUGAUAAUUGGGUGGUGGAUGAAUUAGGCGCUACUGAUUUGUUCAAUCAACUUCUUCCUACCAUGCCAUGGAACUCUGUUAUGGAUAGGAUGAUGAAGGAACUUCAUGAACAAGGCAAAACUAUUAAGGACAUUGAACAAGUACUGAAACGAGCACCUGUAAUUCCCCGGGUUGUUCCCGCCAUUAAAGCUGCCCAUGCUUUAGGGUGUGAUUUGAGAAUAGUUAGCGAUGCGAAUCUCUUCUACAUCGAGAUGAUUUUAAAACAUCUGGGAAUACAUGAUUGCUUCACAGAGAUCAACACAAAUCCGGGCUACGUUGAUGAGGAAGGGAAACUUAGAAUUCUUCCUCACCAUGAUUUUCACACUUCCUCUCAUGGCUGCCGCUCCAAUACUUGCCCUCCCAACAUGUGCAAGGGCCUAGUAAUAGAAAGAAUACAAGCUUCAUUGGCUAAGGAAGGGAAGAAAAGAAUGAUCUAUCUUGGUGACGGAGCAGGAGAUUUUUGCCCAAGCUUGAAGUUGAAAGAGGAAGAUUUUGUUAUGCCAAGGAAGGAUUUCCCUGUCUGGAAAUUAAUAAAUGAAAAUCGCGAUCUCAUAAAAGCAGAAAUCCACGGGUGGAAUGAUGGAGAAGAGCAAGAACACAUUCUGCUUCAGAUAAUUAAAGCAAUUACUAACGAAGAGAAUCAAUUUUUAUCAGUUGAUUGCAAGUUCCAGACGAUUCCGGUUAAUGCAGUUCAUGAAGCCAUGCCGAAAGCUCUUCCUGUGCCUUACUAAUUAAGUUUUGAUGACAAUAAAAGUGUGAUUUGGUGUUUUAAAAAAUGAGAUCAACUGUGACAACUAAGAGUUGGGCUUUAAUUACUUGUAUUUUAUGGUUUUAUUUGAAGUAGUAUACACUGGUUUUGAGCCUUAAAUUCAGGCUCUAAAUAUUGUGGGAUGUAACUUUAUUAAUUAUAUGCAUCUUAUCCCUCUCUUUUUAAUAUUGUUGGAUCAUGUUAAUAUAACAUUCCUAUUUACCUUGCA